AUGCAGGCUGCAGGCUGGCGCGGCCGGCUCACGGAUGCUUACAUUUACAUGCUGGAUGCAUUCGUAUGUAAAUUGGAACAAGAUGGCAUCCGCGCUGCGUCGAGUCGAUUAAUUGAAAACAUUAUGAGACGCGACCGCAUCGCUAUCUGGCAAUCGUAUUUGUUAGCAUCGGAUCAGCUUAAAAUUUUAAUUAAACUGUACUGA